ACUUCAGAGCUGCAUUAACACAAUAGUAAAAAAUCCUUGGCAGUCUGUUUCACUGAGGUGCCUCUGUCUUUUCUGUGGUCAAGAUGUUUGUGGAUGAGCGGAUCCUGACUCUUUUCAAAAGGAAUGCCCAUCACACGCUGACCUACUGGAGUGUUUUCUUCAGCUUCGGACUCUGCAUCGCUUUCCUCGGACCUACAAUUUUGGACUUGCAAUGUCAGACGAACUCAACACUAAGUCAGAUCACCUGGGUGUUCUUCUCACAGCAGUUCUGCUUGUUGAUCGGCAGCUCAAUCGGAGGUGUUUUCAAGAGGACGUUGUUCAGUGCUCUAUCUGCCUUAUUUGUCUCCGCUCUCCUCAUCUCUGUAAUAUUUGCCAUCAUCCCUCUGUGCAAUAAUGUUCUCCUGCUUGCCAUCGCCAUGGCUGUGUCUGGGUUUGCGAUGGGCAUUAUCGACACCAUCGCUAACAUCCAACUGGUGACCAUCUAUCAGAGGGACUCGGCUGUUUUCUUACAGGCUCUUCAUUUCUUCAUUGGGUUCGGAGCCCUGGUGAGCCCACUGAUUGCAGAUCCUUUCCUCUCAGAGACGGGUUGUGGGAAUCACACAGGGAACGGGACUGAGAUCAUGCAUCAUUUCAGGAACAUGCUGAGAAACAGUCCGAUUGCAGAGCACAACAUAACUCAGAGCCCCCUACCCCACGAGGGAGGAGAAGAGGAGUCCAUUGUGCAAUACGCUUUCUGGAUCAUGGCGCUUAUCAAUCUGCCCGUGCCCAUUGCAGUCCUGUUCCUGAUGUAUCGGGAGAAGCUGAUCCCGUGUUGCCCCAGCGGCACUCCUCGUCUUCUGGACAAAGAUGAACUAGCAAUGGAGACCCAGCAGGGGGCAGAGGGCUCAGACGUGGAGCAGAAGGAACAUGAAGUUGGAGGUCAUGGGGAUAUCUUUAGCUGCUGUCAGAAUGAUAACCUGCGCGGGCUGCCAGUAUCCUUCUUUAUGAUUCAUAUCCUCGGUGGGAUGGUGCUCUUCAUGACCGAUGGCAUUGUGGGUGCAUACGCUGGCUUUGUCUACACCUACGCUGUGGCACCACCUAUGUUACUGCCUCAUAAGACAGCAGGUUACCUGGCCAGUAUCUUUUGGGCAGCGAUCACUGCUGGACGCCUCCUGUCCAUUCCUCUGUCAUACCGUUUUCAGCCUGUGAGACUGCUCAUGUUCAACCUGGCAGGUGCUAUUGUUACAGUCUUGAUGCUGCUUAUUUUCUACACCAGCAGCACCUUUCUGUUUGCCGGGACGUGUUUAUGUGGGCUCUUCCUUAGCAGCAUAUUCCCCUGUAUGCUGGCCUAUACUGAGGACAUCCUUGAUUAUCAGGGAUGUGCAACGUCAGUCCUGGUGACAAGUGCAGGAAUGGGAGAGAUGGUAAUGCAGGUUCUGGUUGGCUCUAUUAUCCAGACUGAAGGCAGCUACAGCUUCCUGCUGUGUGGAAUGAUAAUCGCCUGCAUCGGUUUUAUCCUCUUCAUUGGUCUCCUGCUGUUCCAUCGAAUGCACAGAAAUUACCUCACAGGAACGACGAAAAAAUCAGCCAUGGUGGAGGAACCAGCAACAGAGCAGAAUGGAUCAGCCAGAACGGAACAGAAAGAGGAGGCAGCUGAGAGCAGCUGAGAGGGGCAGCAGCUGUGUUUUGUCCUUUAGUGGCUACUGUAGGGGAUGAAGUAUUACAACAAUCUAUCAUCAAAGAUGAUGGAUCAAAGAUGUUUUACCAAAGCCUACCAAAUGAACAUUGUGCCAAAACACUUCUAUUAUGCUGGAAAUUACACAGUACUUGCAAAGAAGAUAGAGUGCCACACUGUACUGUUAGAAGUUAUAGUUCUAAGUUUUAGGUUGUUUUUCAAAUUUCACAUUGUGGAUUGGUCUGUUUUAUAUUGCAUCAGGGUUUGAAAUUUACAAUAUAAAGAUUGUGAUUGCCUGUAUGAUAUGUUUAAAGGUCUAAUGUGUAGGAUUGAGCAGCAUCUAGCAGUGAGGCUGCAGAUUGCAACCAUAGACUGUAUGUAAAGCUGGACGACAUGACAGCUCCACAAAAGUGAAGCCAGAACAUCUUGAUCGCCCCCCGGUGGCUGGCUGCAGUAAAGAUCAAAAAGCCUGCCCUCUUCAUGUUAGUGAAUGGGACAUGGGCCCAACUAAAAACUCAAAGUACACAUCAAAUACAUUUUUCCCAAAGAUGGUUUCUGUCAUUUAAGGUAGUUUUUAUGAGGCUGAUGUUUGUUUGUGUUCGUUUUUCUGGUAAAUUUGGAUGUAAUUAGUUAUUUAAUCCCAUAAAACGGCAAUAUAACAACAUGAUUGACAUCUGUAUGUGCUGAUUGGUGGGCUUGCAUUCAGUGGCACUGCUCACGAUCGGUCAGACGGGUGUAUAGGCGGGAAAUUUGAUAACACUGACAUCACUGCUGUGCAGACUCUAGCUCCGAAUGACGUCACUGGAGCAGGGUAGCUGCGGCCAUACAGUAUUUGGGAUAUUUUAGCUUCACUAAGUGUAACCAACAGAAAUGACCUGCUCUGUAUGUAGAUAUAAACAACUCAUGUUAAGGUUACAAAAUCAGAAUGAUUCUUAGUUUCAGUUUGAUUAAAUAUAAAAAACUUUUAUUAUUAUUAUUAUUAUAUAUGU